AUGGCUAUCUUAGUCCCCGAAGCAGCUGCCAGGCUUUCCCUGAGUAGUGUUGUAGCUGUCUUGUUCCUGCUCGUGCCUCUCUAUCUCAUCGCUCAAGCCAUAUACUUUGCCUUCCUCCACCCACUUGCCAAGGUCCCGGGGCGUAAAUUGUACGGAGCAACUCAACUACCCCACCUGUACCACCUUGUCAAAGGUGACUGGAUGUCUCAUCUUGCAAAGCUGCAUGAUCAAUACGGACCUGUCGUCAGAGUAGGCCCUGAAGAUGUGUCAUUCAUCACCGCCGGCGCAUUCAAGACUAUCUACGGUCACAAGUCAUCCGGAGGGAAAGACUUUCCAAAGGACUUGCGCAACUACCGACAAGGCCGUCCCGUUACGAAUCUCAUCACUGCCAACCAGCCAGAUCACAAGCGUAUGCGACGACUGCUCUCUCAUGCGUUCUCCCAGAAGGCUCUGCAUAGCCAGGAGGGGAUCAUGAGACACUAUGUAGAUCUCUUCAUGACUCAGCUUACUGAAAGAGCUCAUCAGGGGAUUGAUGUCAAUCUCGUAGCUUGGUACAACUUCGCUACCUUUGACCUGAUCGGCCAUCUAACCCUCGGCCAAUCUUUCGGGUGUCUGGAGAGUGGUAAUUAUCACCCUUGGGUCAGCAACAUAUUCAACAGCGUCAGGGUCAUUCCUAUCUCCCAGUCCGUUGUUCGCUUGGGCCUAAAGAGUUUGAUGCCUUGCUUCGUUCCGUCAAAGUUCAAGGCGGCGUAUCACGAGACCUUACAGUUCGCAGAGCAUACAGCGCUCGCUCGUCUUGAUUCCAAUGACACCAAGAGCCAUGACUUCAUGUCAUAUGUCCUUCGUUUUAACGAUGAGAGGGGGAUGUCCAGAGAUGAGAUCAUUGAGAAUUCGUCUUUACUCAUCACGGCUGGUAGCGAAACAACUGCUACAGCUCUCAGUGGUGCUAGUUAUUUACUUUUGACAAACCGCGACAAGUACGAUAAACUCACGAAAGAGAUCCGCUCCGCUUUCAACUCCGAGGAAGAAAUCACAGUCGGUCGCUGUGACCAACUCAAGUACUUGGUGGCAGUAUUCCAGGAAACCCUCCGCAUGUACCCACCUGCACCAGCUGGGUUCUCGAGGUUUACUCCAACCGAAGGCGAGUUUAUGGAAGGUUACUGGGUACCUGGUAAUACUACGGUUGUUGUGCCUCACUGGCCAGCAUUUACAUCAGAGUUCAACUUCAAAGAUUCCAAGCAGUUCACCCCAGAAAGAUGGUUGGGUGAUCCGGCAUAUGCAAAUGAUUCCAAGGCCGUUCUUCAUCCUUUCUCUGCUGGCUCCAGAGAUUGCAUUGGUAAAAAUUUGGCAUACACUGAGAUGCGCCUCUUGUUAACCCGCCUACUCUGGAAGUUCGAUCUCGAGUUGUUGCCAGAAAGUAAGGGCUGGCUAGAUCAAAGAGUAUUUCUGCUCUGGGAUAAGAGAGCCCUGCAAGUCAAACUUACAGAAGCGAAGCGGGUGAGCCCAUGA